UCGACGUGAAGGUGAGAGCAAGGCAGGGUGUGCUGGCGGGGACACGCGUGCAGGAACAGUGUGAGGAUUGAAGAGAGUGAAGGCGGAGUGAGUGAGAGGCUCAAGGGGGAAAAUAAACUCACUUUCCUGUCCACUCCCCGCCUUUUACCAUGAACAGGGGACAGAAUCGGGACCAAGCCCCCCUCGUGUGUUGUGCAAGGGAUGUGUGAGUGUGCGUGCAGCCUCCGCAACAUGAAAACUAGUUAGUAAGGGAAAUGGGGAUGAACUGACGAAGGCAAGGCAAGGCGAAAAUGGCUGACGCGUGAGGGAGUUGCCAGGUGCUGACGAAGACGGUGUAGUGUGCUGCGGAAUGCUCCAAGACGCGGCCAGGAGGUGGAGUGAGACCAGCAGGGAAUGCAUGACAUGUUCAUCUCUGCGGCGGGAGGUGAGCCCAGUGCAGUCUUGCAUGCCCCUGCCACUUCUGGACAGUGCCUGCAGAGGAAGCGAAAAUUGGACCAGAUUGGCAGUGGUUACAGCGGCACUGCAUCCAGUUACACAGUGACUGCUACAGCAGUGCCAGCCCAGACACUUGCUGCCAAACACCUCUCCCACCAGGCUGGUAGUUUGUACAGUGAUGGCGUGACCUUGAGCCAGAGCAAGCCGCAGCAGCAGCAGCAGCAGCCGCAACAGCAGCCGCAGCAGCAGCCGCAGCAGCAACAGCAACCACCCCCACACCAGACUCCACAGGACCACCACCAACACCAACAGCAGCAGCAUGGGCAACAUCAGCAAACUCACAAGAUUAGUAGUAACAGCACCAUCUCUUCAUCCUCUUCCUCCUCAUCGUCAUCAGGACACCACCACCAUCACCAUCACCACCACCACCACCACUCGGCCAGAGUGGCAGGUUCGGCUAUCAAUUACCAGCAUCAGCAACACCACCACCAACCUGUACAACAGCAGCGAGCAUCAACCAUCAAGCUCUUAGACCCAUAUCAGAAGUGCUCCACAAAGCGCAAGUGCUUUGACCACAAUGGUCACAGUGGUAGUAACUCAGGUGUAGAGAGCGGGAAGGUGGGGGCCCCAGGUGGUGCCCCAGCCACAACUGCCAAGACGGUGGCCCACGGUAAGGUGGCCCUGGGUGGCGGCCAAAACAAUGCCACCAAGGGCGGAAACUCUUCAGCUGCAGAUGGAGACUACCAGCUGGUGCAGCAUGAGACCCUGUUCUCACUCACAGCACAAUACGAGGUGCUGGAGUUCCUGGGGCGCGGCACGUUUGGUCAGGUGGUCAAGUGCUGGAAGAAGGGCACCAGUGACAUUGUGGCCAUCAAGAUCCUCAAGAACCACCCCUCAUAUGCAAGGCAGGGACAGAUUGAGGUUGGAAUCCUUACAAGACUCAGCCAAGAAAAUGCAGAUGAUUACAACUUUGUGCGAGCCUUUGAGUGUUUCCAACACAAAAACCACACCUGCCUGGUGUUUGAGAUGCUGGAACAAAACCUCUACGACUUCCUCAAACAGAACAAAUUUUCUCCACUGCCCCUCAAGUUCAUACGACCCAUACUUCAGCAGGUCUUGACAGCUCUUCUUAAACUCAAGCAACUUGGCCUCAUUCAUGCUGACCUCAAACCAGAGAACAUCAUGCUGGUAGAUCCUGUAAGACAGCCAUAUCGUGUCAAGGUCAUUGACUUUGGCAGUGCCUCACAUGUCAGCAAGGCUGUGUGCAACACCUACCUACAGUCUCGCUACUACCGAGCUCCAGAGAUCGUCCUUGGGCUUCCGUUUUCUGAAGCUAUCGACAUGUGGUCACUUGGCUGUGUUAUUGCUGAACUCUUCUUGGGAUGGCCACUUUACCCUGGGUCUUCUGAGUAUGAUCAGAUUCGUUACAUCAGCCAAACACAAGGGAUCCCUGCUGAGCACAUGCUGAACAACGCCACAAAAACAACCAAGUUUUUCUACCGUGAUAAUGAAUCCACCUAUCCAUUUUGGCGACUCAAGACUCCUGAAGAACAUGAGGGAGAGACAGGCAUCAAGAGCAAAGAGGCCCGCAAGUACAUAUUCAACUGCCUAGAUGACAUGGGCCAGGUCAAUGUGCCUACAGAGCUUGAAGGUGGAGAGCUUCUGGCAGAGAAAGCUGACCGCAGGGAGUUCAUUGACCUGCUGAAGCGAAUGUUGACCAUGGACCAGGAGAGACGCAUCAGCCCUGGCGAGGCACUACAGCACAGCUUUGUCACCCUCCAGCACCUCUUGGACUACCCUCACUGCUCCAAUGUCAAGGCUUCCAUGCAGCAGAUGAUGGAGGUGUGUCGCCGGCCGGCCCCACCCUACGCCACUGCUGCUGUCUCCCAGGCCCAGGCUCUUCCUCCCUCACUCAUGCCCAACUAUGUCCACACCACUAAUGGUUCUGUCACUCUAACCUUCAACAACCAGAUUACCAACCAGGUAGGAAAGUAUGGGCUGUAUCAAAGCAGCCGCAGCGGCCGUGGGUACAGUGGCAGCAGCCGGGGAGAAGCGGCGGCAGCGGCUGCAGCAGCUGCAAGUUUCCAACCACAGUUGGUGUCUUCUAUCUUGUGUCCUCCUCCAUACCAGGGCUUGGCAUCUCCUGGAAAGCAUGUGACAGUUGUUACCCAACAGCCUCAGCUACAACUGCAACCUUCACUGCUGCCUCAGCAGGUUGGAGGUGGCAGUCAGUACGUGCCAGUGUCCAUGGUGGAGCAGCCGGGCAGAGGUAUGCUGCUCACCACUGGCACAGCGGUGGGCGGCGGGUGGGGCCGCGGGGGCCAGAUGGCUCUGGUGCCGGGAGGCUGGCAGCAACUUCCUCAGCCACCAACUUCUCUGCAGCAGCCAGCCAGCUUGCUUCCCGAUGCCACAGAUGCAUGGCGCCGCACCUUUCUGGUGGACUCCUCCGUGGUGCAGGGUGACGCUCCACCCGCCAUGUUUCCCGUCGACCUCCAUCCAGAACUGUACGAGGCUUAUCCUUCAAGCACGUGGGCUGGAAGCAAGCGUCCUAGCAAGACCUCCCUGAUGGGCCACUCUAGUGCUCAUGCGGCCCACACCCUCCAUGUCAGCGGGAGGCCUGCACAGCCCCCGGCGCAUGACAAGAAAGACUUGAGUCAGCAACUGUCACCAGUCAAGAAGAGGGUGAAGGAGGGCACGCCACCUGGAGCACCAUCACACUGGAGUAACAGUGCCACUGCUCCACAGAUCAACCACAGCAACUACCACACCAGUCACAAUCAUCAUUCAGCACACCAUACGGGGCACCAUCAGGGUCACAUUCAUCACCAGAGUCACCACUCCAGUCAUCACGCACCUCACUCCUCCAGCCAUCACCCACUGUCCCACAGCAACCAUCAAGGUCACAACAGCAGCAGCAGCAGCAAUAGUGGUAGUCACAGCUCUCAUACAGCAGUUGGGCAUCCCACUCAGCCCAACCAGCAGACACACAGCAGUCAGCAGCACUCCAGUAGCAGUUAUAGCAGCAGCAUGACGAGCAACGGUCGCCAACAGACCAUAACCAUCCGAGACACUCCAUCACCUGCUGUGUCGGUCAUUACCAUCAGCGAUAGCGACGAUGAAGCCGGGGGGAAGUGUUGCAAAGAUCGCCACUGCUCAACGUGUGUAAAUAACAACCACAACAAGAUCUCAAGUUCACACCAGCAGUCACAGGCAUCGCAUGAUGACAAAUACUCCAGUUUGUCCCACAACUACUCGUCCGUUGGUGCGUCUCAAAGCCAGAAGAAGCGGCUCCUGGCCAAGGCUCAGAGUGAGUGUGUGCUGCAUGUGGCCAAGCCAGAAGCUCGGGAUUACUCCACACAACAGGCCAGGGACACCAACUACACCACUAGAGAGCACCUGGCACCCCCAGCUGCCCAUGUCCGAGACUCCCUUCUGCAGCCGCCUCCUGCCCACCACGACAACCUUCCACCACCUGCAGCCCACACCCGUGACCCUGCUCGCACCCACUCUCACACUCACUCCCACUCCUACACCCAGCCACCACAGGCCCACAAAGACUACACAGUGCCAUCAGGAGUCCACCCGCCUGGGCACAAGGACUACUCCCAACCGCCAGUAGCCCACAGUAACCGUGACCAGCGCGUGGUGGUGGGGAGCGUCAAGGGCUGGAGCAGCAGCAGUGGUCGGGGAAGCAGUGUGGUGGUGGCUGGGCAGGGCAGCAGUGGUAGCAGCAGCAGUAGCAGCCUCAGCUAUGCUCACACCCUUGGUAGGGCACAUGUGCCAGGCAGCCAUCACUCACCUUCAUCCCAGGCUCACGGACUGUCACCAGUGUCACAGUUGGCAGUGAGUGGCUCCCUGGCAGGCAUUGUGCCCACUCAGGCUGAUGUGUACAGGGAAUAUCGACGAGCUGCUCCUCCUCAGGCGGCUGCUGCUGCAGCAGCUGCUACACAGGUGUAUGUGGCCACCACCCAGCCCACUUACCUGCCCUCCUCCUUGCCAGCCACACAUACUGUUAACCCUUUCACACCAGGAGGGGCUUUGCCACCACCAGCCCACCACAGCAGUGGUCGUGCAGUACUGGCCGGCCCACCGGCCCAUCCUCUCCCAGCCCACAUGCAGCCCACCGCUGUGUUUCCCACACACCCUCAAGUAGCCCCUCCAUAUAAUGCUUACACUGCACUUUCUCCUGCCAAGAGCCAAUACCAAAGCAUUUGGUUCUCAGAAUAGUUGCCCUCAGUACUGGGACUCGCCUGCAACAUCAUAUUAGGCCUUUUUUAUCCAGAAUGAGUUGAAAAUUAUUCUGAUAUAAUUUUAUUGUUUUAUUUAUUUAUUUUUUAUUCAGUUAUUGUUUUAGGCCUUGUAAAGGGUUGAAGACAUAGAGAAAGGCAGGGUUGUCAUGAUGGAGGGGCUGGUGUGUGGGUUUGGCGUUUGCAUCUUCCCCAUCUGCCCUUCUACCGUACUACUUUACCGUGUGGAUCAGUAGCAUCAGCACCUGGAACAAGGCACUGCUGGGCUACCAAGACUUGAAUUCAGAAAAGCAACAGGAUAAUUGAUAAUGAUGUACAAGAAACAGGACUGAUUAUUUUGGUGCCAAGUGUUUGGGGUUCUCAGCAACAGAUUAGUGUUUACAGAGUUCAAGUAAGAAUCUGAAGUGUCAAAUAUAUCAUGUAGGUGUGGCACUCCAUGAUAUAAUUAGUCCCCUGUGAUUAUUGAUUGGGGGGCCAACAGUUUUGGGUUGAGUGUUAACUUGACACAAUCGCAGCAUCAGUAUAGGCCCCAGAUUUGUGUGUAGAACUAGUGCAUGUACAAGUGUGCGCUUGUUUCCUGGUGAUGACACCCUCAGAGAGCAUUAUAACCGUGCGUCAGCCGUCCCGAGGGCGGGAGUACCGUCAGCAUAUUGUUGACGAGUGAAGACUGUAGUUAGUUAUUAUUUUUUUAUUAUGAUUCCUAAAUGUAAUUAUUAUUUUUAUGUGAGCCAUGGUUCAUGAGGUGACUGGAGCAUCAGCAAAGAAGGAUGGAUAUGGCGUGAGCACUGGCUUCUUUGGAUUACUUGUGUUACAUUGGAGGAGUUUGUUUGACGCGUACAGUUUUAAACUUUUACGUUAGCCAAAGAAGUUAUCGUUUGUUUUGUGUUGGACUUGAUAACCUUUAUCAAGGGUGAGUUUUUUUGUUGAAAAUAAGUGAUGGAUGAGCAAACAUUGAAAUUCAGCCAACUCUCCGGUAGGCUAACGAAUAUCAAGAAACCAUCUUUUCUGUCAUCCGGGCUUGACAAUUGUGAAUUUUUACAGAUGUAUAUUUAUUUUGUGUUUUACCAUUCAUAAACUAAAGUUUAAAUUAUUUUUAAGGGAAAAGGGCUUGACAACGGUCUGUAGUAGACUUAAUGUGUAGCACGAGUAGUAUUGUGUUUAUAGCCAACGAGGCCGAGGGACUUUGCACCGUGGACUUCCCUCCGGCUCGGGUUGUCCUGCUGUCAGCGGGGCAGCAGGACAGAGCACAGGGAGGCGGCCCAUCCUGGUGCAAUGCUCACCGGCUGCACCACGUCUGGUGUUUGUCCACAGGUUUGUUUGAUCUCUAUUAACAUAUACGCUUUCUUGAACUUCUUCCCUACGUGUAAAGGUGUUAUUUAUGUCUGGAGUGUGAUAUACCUUCUCUUUAUACUUGAUGAAGAAUCCUCUGCAUGGUUUUUGUGCUGGUUUCUUGACCAAGGUCUAGCAUGACCAAGAAGAGCAAGUAGCACUCACGGGCUGACUGCCCACCCCACCACAACCCACCACCUCUCACUCAACAUCUCUCUCCAUUGCUUAAAAUCUUGACGUAUCUAUGAGCAUACCAGUAAGGGCCUAAGUAUUACUUACUAUUAUUUGUAUUGGUUUUAGUUAUGUAGGGUAUAUAUAUUUUAUUUUUAAGGUUAACAUCUAUUGUAAGAAACCUGUUAUAAUUUAGAAAGCUCAUAUUUAAAAAAAAUUAUAUAUGGAUAAAGCUCCAUAGCAUAAUAAUAAAUUAGUGUUAACAGUGCACUGGAGCAGAUGGUGGUAACUAACAAGCAAUGUGGGGGGGGGUGGCUGUUCCUGAUAAGCCCCAGGCCUUCAGCACUUAACAGUAGCAAUUCUAUCUUCUGCUGGGGGUGACAGUGCCCCUGGGGGACUCUGCAGCAGGAGAGACAGGCCAACACCCUAUGCCUAGGGUGACAGUUCCCAUGGUCCCCUGAAGGUUUUGACAAGCUCAAGUUUAGUCAUUGUGGCUCUGAGGGUCUGGCACACACUUCCAGUGCCUCAAAUUUUCUAGUACAUAAAACUUCAUCCAGAUUAGAGUAUGAUGUAAGUUUGUGUCCAGAACUCUUGGUGAUUUGUUGUAGACAUUAGCUAUCUGCAGGUCUGCAACUGUUCUGUUCAUCAUGUUGGAUAAUUCUAAAAGGGAAUAAUGGUAGAGUAGAGAAGUGAUGAUUGUUAAUUUCUCUAUGAUUAAAGAUAAAACGUUAAUGACAAUUUGCAGCAUACAUAAAUGACAGAACUUGCAUUUGGGGGAUUCACCUAUUUUGUCCCAAUAUGCUCAUUGCCUUGUCCAAUGUAUUAGUUAGAUGUAAGACUUACAAACCUGUUGUACAGGAAGCUAAGUGUGAAUUUCUCUUUACAUUAUCAUUUUUGUUAAAAUUUUCUUUGAUAUUAAUUUCCUGGAUACCAUUUCAUGUGUGGGGAAGGGCUAGUUGUACAUAUAUAUAAGAAAAAUUAUCAAAGUAAUUUAAGUGGAUUUAAUGCCUUUAUUUAUGAUUACAAAAGUUUAGUCUUGCUGAAAAUGAUGCCAGUCCCUCUCAGCACAAUGACAGCAGCCGUCAGCUUGUUGUAAAACUGACCGGCUGAUCAUCGGGAAAUUGUACACAUCUCGUCAAUUUGGUCCAGUAGAGGUUAUUAGUAGUUCUGGUGCUCCUUAAUGGCACCUCCAUAACAGCCCUAAACAUGUGAUGUUUGUAUUUAGAGUGCCUAAGCUCUAGUAUUUUAGUAUUUGUGACACACAGACAACCUCGGUUUUUGGGCAUCCUUCUCUUCUAGUUUGUCCUCUGUGAGACAGGUUUUUGUUGACAUUGUGAGAGAUAUAUAUAUAUACAAGUUAAUGUACAGUACUGCAUAUUACUGUAGUUUUGAGGAAAUUCAAUCACAAACUACUCCAGAUUAGUAAACAGAUGAGGCAGCUGGUGACGUUUAGUAACUGUUGCUGCUGAACCCACUGACUGAGGGUGUCUGUUGGUCACGCUAUAUGAAGUAAUGUGACAUUGUUGCCCAAUGUUAGUUUUACCCUCACAAAACACUUAUAAAGAGUUCAUUGUGGUACACGGACGUAGUACACGGAUGUAGUACCAGGACGUAGUACACAAAGAUUGUAAGUGUACGUAUCUAUAUUUUUCUUGAGACUGUAAAUAUAAUUAUGAAUGUAAUAUUUUGGGUCAGUUAGGGUAUGUAAAGACUUUGUAAGAUAAUUGUCAUGUGUGUUUCAUGAUUAUAGGGGACACAAGUAUCCUAUAUGCUAAAUGUUUCUGAACAUUCUUUGUUAGUAUUUGGUAGUAAAGAAUCAUGUUUCAUUGUCAUGCUUAAAAGAACACUUAAAUUUCUUCCCAGUCUUCAUAUUAGAAUUCCUGGAUUGUGGUAGUUAGAGACCAUUAACUUUUUACAACUUAAGAAUUUCUCUUUUUCCAAUGACUUUGCUAAAUGUUUUAAGGCGUUAAGGCUGUCUUUGGCUACCUUUGUGCUUGGCAACUACAACAAAUUUCACUUUCUUCUACUGUUUCUACAAGUUCCACUACUGCUGUAAGUCUGAGUAUCACUUGAAGGUAGUGCUAAUGAAAAAAAAAAUCAAAGUUGUAUUUUCCAGCACGGUUGUGGUGGCCAAGAACCGGACAACCACACUUGCUGCCGUCACUGACAGCAACCAGGUUAAAUUUUUCCACGUGCUCUCCGCUAUGUGAUUUAAAUGCCUAUUGUCCAUCAUGCAACUGUAGUUCAAGUGAAACACUGGAUUGUGUUUUAUUUUUGGUAUAGUUAAGGUCUAUGACCAUAGAGUGGUAUACAUUACUUUUCAGUGGGCAUCCUGGGAAGGAGUCAUAGUCUGCUGUCCCUUUCCUCAAGUCAUCCACUGGUGUACCUCAGCUUAUCCUUUUGUAUCUACACUUGUAAGGUUAGCCAAAAUUUCAGAGUAAGCUAGAUAGAUUUGAGGGAUAAAGGGCCAGCUUGUUCCUAGGGCACACUCAGUUGCUCACUGAAUGCAGGUAUUAGUUCCUUAGUUUGCUAGGGUGUCAAACCAUUUACAGUAUAGUGGAAUAGUUUUUGAAGGAUUCUUUGAUUGACAUUAAUUUUAACCCUGUGUUAAUUGACAAACACUUUGCUCUGCUGGUUAUUGAGUGCAUAUUUCACAUUUAAGUUUAAAAUAUUGAUUAUUAGGUUUUUUCUCCCUGAUAGAAUUAUGAUUUUUCACGAUAUGAUUUUUUUUUUUUUUUUUUUAUAUAUAGUUAGAAGCAUACACACUUAAAGUUUAUAGUAUAUAAAUUUUGUUUGGGUACUAGAUUCAUAACCACAGCCAUAUAUAACAAUAGCAAGGUAGCUGUGCUUGUUGACAUGGCCUGUGUCCAUGAAUUCUGUCUUGAGUUUUGGGUGUGUUGGUUUAGCAUUAUUCUACCACAAAUUCAUUGCACUUUGUAGCUCAAUUAAUAUGUUUGCUUUAGGUUGCAUAAAAUAUUCUAUUAAUUUUAGGGUAGCUAGGUAUGUGUCUACCCCUUACUAUCUGUAAUGUGAUAUAUUGCAGUGUUAAGGGUAAACAGGUUUUUCAUCUUGAAGGAAUGGAGUGUACCCUUCAUUUUUUCACCUCCCAUUCAUAUAUAAUCCAUAAGGAGAGGGUCUGUUUUCUAGGAAGUUAACACAAAUUACACAUACUACAUUGCACAUUCAGAAGUAAAGGAAUUUUUAUACAAAACUACAAAUACUCCCAAAAAUUUACACCUUUAUUACUGAAUUGAAAAAAAAGAAUGUAUUGCAUAAAUUUUAUAUAUGUAGAAACCUAGUGAUGUACUUAAGUGCAUACAUUACCACCAUGCCCCCAUUCUUGCCAGUUUUGUUUCCCUUUUAUAAUGGCUGCUAGCUGAACUUUAUUUAUUUAUUUUAUAUUUUUUUUUACAUUGGGAAGAAGUGAAAACAGGCCCUCUUGAUCACGUCACUCACAACAUGGAAGUGCAACAGCAGUUCUGUAGGUGUUAUGUGGCUACAGAUUAUAAUUUUAUGUAUGUCGGAGUCCUGUAGUGGUUGUUUCAUCUUCUCUUACUCACCCAUUCACUAGGAUGGGCUUGGUAGGGGAUGGAAGAUGGCUGCUUUGGGAAACCAUAGAGAUUGCCAUCUGUUUAUAAAGGAAGAAAAAUAGCUUUUAUUAUCCAAGAGGUACAUGUUCCCUCACAAACUGUUGAGGAAUAAAAAACCAAAGAUUAACUUUCAUUUGUUUUUUCAUGAAUCUUUCAGAUUUUGUCCUUGUUUUCAUUUUUGGGGUACAAAGAUUUUCUAGACAAGAUGGUAGUACAUAUCAAUUUUUAACUCCUCAAGCUUAGAACUAUGUUAUUGCAGUCAUAGUGUAAUAAAGGCACAUAAUAUACUAGUACCAAAGAGGAAUUGAAACUUUGGUCAACAAGUUUGUAUAUUUGAUUAGCAGAUCUAAAGUUCAGUGCUUUCAGUUGCAAUUUAUUUCACCUUUUGUGUUUUAUUUGUUUUUGUAACUUAAGUCCCCGGAUGAUCGGAGUAAAGAGUGACGGCAAAACACAACCUGCACAGACUUUCCAUGCCGGGUUGUGUGCUAAUAGUAGUCACCUGCUAGACACACGCCACCACAGAAACUGAUGUAAGUGAAGUACAUGUAUUCAUGCGUGUGUUAGGAAUACUCAGGAAUGAGUGAUGCAUCAUUUCAAGCACAAUUUUUACAAUUAGUGUCAAAAAUUAAAUUACUUGUUUUGAGAAAGACUUUGCUAAGUCAACAUGAAUGUGACACUAAACAGAUGUAACACAAUUUAGAAUAUUGCUACAUCUUAGAGACUACUUAGUAAUGUUGCGGCGCCUCUUGCCUUUGUCUUGUAAGGUAAAUAUCUCACUUUGAACUUCAGUUUGCCAAGUUCAUGAUAAUCUUCCUUGCUAGCUGUCAACAGAUUUGGUUGUGGAUUGUAACUCAAAAUACAUCUGUAAAAUGCAAUUAUAAGACUCAAGAAUUUCAUUUAUGUAGUGAUAGGCAACAACUGUAAUGAUAUAUUGUGUGACUGUGGAUUUGAAAUGGUUUCCUCAGUUUGCUUGGAGUGUUGCUUGUGUUUCAUCAGUCUGAGACUGUUACAAACAAGUUUGACAUAUGUGUAAUUUGUAGACACAUACACGCACACACCUCUGUUCCAGACUUUAAAGUGUAAUGUUAUUUGACUGUGGGGAUUGGUGCAAUUUGCAUGAUAGAUGUGCUAUGGACAGAUAUACAUCCUUUCUGUGACAAAGUUUUCUUGUGCUCCUUCAGUACAGCAUGAUUCUAGGCACAUAAGAUAAACAACACCAGAAGAGCAAAAAUCACGCAUCAACAGACGCUUCAUCAAGGUUUCAAUGUUGUCUCUGCAUCAGUCACGUAGAAGUCAUUUCCAUUAUUUGUUAAGGUAUCAACUUAGUUCACACACACUUUCUUGAGAAAACAGCCAUUAUCAGCUUACAUAGUUCACACACACUUUCUUGAGAAAAAAGCCAUUAUCAGCAUGCAUCUUCCAAUAGCCUUGUGUCACUUCAUCAGUAUUACUUUGCUCUCUGUGCAGGGUGAGAUGCUUUGUGUUGGCAACAACUUUUAUGUAUGCCUUGCUACACACACACACACACAAACACACACAAUGUACAUACACAUGCAUAUUCAGUUAUAUUCAUGAUGUGGAAUGUCGCAGUCACAUGAAAAGAUGAUGCACUUGAUUAAUUCACUUAUCCACUUCCUGUUGUUUUGGAGUCGCCUUGAAUUGUCUGGAAUUAGGAGGGUAAUUGUGUUUGUGUGUGUGUAUUGAGUGAUAGGAAACAUGUAGUGUAGCUCAGUAAAGCCAGACAAAGUGUGAAGAAGUUGUUCAUGUUCAUAAAUCUAAUUGUUCUAUAACUAUAAAAGUACCACUAAGCAUAAAACUAACCUAUUCAAAUCUGAAAAUGUUUACCUUAGACAUUUUUCCAUAGGUUAGGAGACAAUACUUCAUGUUAGCAUUACCUAGCAGUCUUGCAGUUUCUUUGUGUUUUUACAUAUCAUGCGAGCCUGUGCUUGUUUUUUACUGCAGCAUUUGUACUACUGUGGUUCAUGUCAUUCAAACUAAAAUCUUGAAAACAACUGAACACCUGUGGGCCAGAAUCCAUGCCCAGCCUGGGAACACACUGCUGCAGUGGAGGAUGGCCCGGCAGGUUGCUCACUGUGUCAUUCGGCCGUCUUGUCUUGCUCAUGGUUUUGGUUGAAUUAGGUGUGGCCUUAAUGAACUUGUAUAUUACAAUAGUUGAAUUAUUGAAUUCUUAAUGGUUUUUCUUUUUGCUUGCUGGAAGGAAAGUAAUUGAGGUCUGCGGUGAGGAUUUUUGCUUUACUUUUGAAUAGCUUUAUGUUUUGUGUGUGAAUGUGUGUGUGUGUGUGUGUGUGCAUCAUAUAUGAAACUGAGUGAUAUAAAAUUUCGUAUUGCUUUAUUCAGUUUCUUGGUGGGAGGUGUGUCAGUGUGAGGGCACCUGUACCUGCUUGCUAGGGAGGCCAGUCACCAAACACAUCAGCUCAAAUGUUAUACUAUUAAACAGGAGGGGAAGGAAAGGGCCACUUGCUUAGUACUCAGUAUGUGUACACAACUAACUGAAGCACAGUGUGUAGUUUAUGUAUUAUACAGAUAGGUUACAAGUAUUCCUAAUAGGGAAUGACUAUCAAGAGAUACACUUCAUCCAUCCCCAUCAGCAUGGAGAUAUUUUGAGUACUGCCCUUCCCCUUUCACUGCAGGUUUCUGCCAUAAAACCAUCACCAUCACACAAAACCAUGUGAGUCAAGGCCCUCCUUUCCGUCCCCUCCCGCUCCCCUUCCACUAUUCAUGAUUGAACAUAAAAAAAAAAAAAGAAAGAAAAAAAGAAUAUUGCCGCCAUGACUGCACUCACUAUGGUCAUGGCACCUCUUUGUCAUAAUAAAUUUGUAUAUGUGAUGA